UUGGUUGAAUAAAACCAGAUCGCGCGAUGAAAUGUCAUGUCUGUGUUCAAUUAUCAUCCGAGGGGAGCGAGUCGACGGCAACAACAGCUCGAGGAGACGCGCCACCGCCCACCAGCUAGCGCACCACGCCACCACCCCCGCCCCCGAUCAACGCAGCAGCAGGGACGCCUAUAAAUGCCUAGGUGCGUGCGGGCAUCGUCUGACGCCCCGGCGCCUUCCUGCUAGCACUACGCCACUACCAGUCAGGGCAAGACUCGCAGCCCGGACAAGGUAAGGCGACGUACGGCGGCGAUGGCGCCGGUGGUCAUGAUGAGCAUGUGCGUCGUCGUGUCGCUGGUGGCGGUGCAGCUGCAGGCGACGAGCAGCGACGGCGCCACGGCCGCCACACCGUCCGUGGUGCUGCCGCCGGUGACGGUGCCCCGUGUGCGCGGCCGGUUGGAGGCCGGUCGUAAGCUGCAGGCCGUCGACGCCGUCGGGAUGGGCAUGGACUCCGUGGUGCGUCGGACGGUGGUGCUCACCACGAUGCAGACGAGCAACUCGCCCUCCCUGGGCUACGGCUCGCUCCGCCCGAACAACGCUGUGUGCGGGUCCAGCUGCGCCGGCAGACCUCCUGUGUAAAGGAUGCGGCGUGGAUUUGGACGAAAGCAAAUGGGUGAGCAUGAAGAUUAACACCUCAAAGAAAUACAUUAGAAAACUUAUUGAAGAUCUGUCAAGAUCAUGCAGGAGUAUAAAACAUGAGACAAUAGAAGCCCAGGAAGGCAAGAAAAGAAAUGAGAAGUCAUGAAGAAAACAGGCUGCACAGAGUGCAGUGGAUGUGUCCGAUGGCACAUCGGAUAGACAUGCGUGUACAGAUGUGUUCAUGAGCUUUUGUAGCAAAGGACAUGCUCUACAUCGUCCUAAUCAAUCUCUAGACCAGCUUCAAUAAUCUCAAAGUUGCUUACUUAUAUGUGAUAGUGAAAGGGAAUUAGGCUUGCACCUAGUUCCUAAAUUAUUUU